GCGUAGAGAGCUGCCGUGCGACGCCGAGCGAGGGGAUCCUUUUCGCGAACCCGUGGCUGGAACGGAGCUCGGCCCCGGAGCGGCCCUACUCUUUUGUGGGUAACACUUGGGACUUACGCCGCCUCUGCUGCUGUUGUUGCUGCUACGUCCCGAGGUGGGAGCAUGUCGGUGGCGGGCUUGAAGAAGCAGUUCCAUAAAGCUAGCCAGCUUUUCAGCGAGAAGAUCAGUGGAGCAGAAGGAACAAAACUUGAUGAAGACUUUCAAGAGAUGGAGAAGAAAAUUGAUAUCACUAGCAAGGCAGUGGCAGAACUUUUAUCCAAAGCUACAGAAUAUCUCCAACCUAACCCAGCCUACAGAGCUAAGCUAGGAAUGCUGAACACUGUCUCCAAGAUCCGAGGGCAAGUGAAGGCCACAGGAUACCCACAGACCGAAGGAUUACUUGGGGACUGUAUGCUCCGGUAUGGGAGGGAACUGAGAGAUGACUCCACCUUUGGUGCUGCGCUGAUCGAUGUGGGAGAAAGUAUGAAGCAGAUGGCAGAAGUGAAGGAUUCCCUGGAUAUCAACAUCAAGCAGAAUUUUAUUGAUCCUCUCCAGCUACUGCAGGAAAAGGAUUUAAAAGAGAUUGGACACCACCUAAAAAAAUUAGAAGGCCGGCGUCUAGAUUAUGAUUACAAACGGAAGCGCCUAGGGAAGGUUCCAGACGAGGAAGUGAAGCAAGCCAUUGAGAAGUUUGAAGAGUCGAAAGAGUUGGCAGAACGGAGCAUGUUCAAUUUAUUGGAAAAUGAUAUAGAGCAAGUGAGCCAGCUGUUAGUCUUAGUAGAAGCCGCACUGGAUUACCAUAAACAGUCUGCGGAAAUUUUGGAGGAUCUGCAGAGCAAGCUACAAAAUCGGAUAAAUGUAGCUUCAAGUCGCCCUAAACGUGAAUUUAAGCCCAAACCAAUCACACGGACGCAUCUGGAAAUAAGCAAUGGUCAACCACACAAUGGAAUUUCCUUCAGUCCAUCAAUUAAAUCAUCAGGUUCUUCGUUGCACAUGGACCAACCUUGCUGCCAAGCCUUGUAUGACUUUGAGCCUGAAAACGAAGGGGAGCUUGGCUUUAAGGAAGGAGACAUCAUCACGUUGACCAAUCAGAUUGACGAGAACUGGUACGAAGGCAUGUUAAAAGGGGAAUCGGGCUUCUUCCCCAUCAGCUACGUUGACGUCCUUGUCGCCUUGCCGCAGUGAGCGUGUCCUUUUCCCGCUGCCGAUGCAACCAAAACAUUUGGUAUUCGUGCCCAAAGCUGAUGUGUUUCACCGAAAGCCCGUGCUUCUUCUGAACCACCUCUUAACUGACUCUUUUUGUACGCGUCUUUUAAGAAAUAUAUUUAUUUUGUAUCCGUACAA